UCUAAAAAAGACUUACUACCACAAUGGCUGCUUCAGAGAUUGACGAUUUUAUUGGUAAAAGUGAUGAAAUCUUAAAACUUGAGCAAAAUGGAGAGGAAAUCGAUCGUAUUGCUGAAAUUUUUAAAGAUCGUUGCUUAUUCAUUAGUGGUGGCACCGGCUUUAUGGGUAAAGUCUUAGUAGAGAAACUUUUAAGAUCUUGCGGUGACCUUAAAAAGAUUUAUUUGUUAAUACGUCCUAAAAAGGGUAAGCAUCCUGAUGAGCGCAUUAAGGAAAUGUUUAAUAAUGUGCUUUUUGAUAUGGUUAAGAAACAGAAAGGCGAA